AUAAGUUCUUUUUUCAAGAUUAAAUUUAUCUUUAUUUAUACACUCACAGUAAUUUCUUCUAGCGGAACUUCAAAAAAGCAUUAAAAAAAAAUUCUCUCUUCUCCUUCCGCCAUCCCGCCUAUGGAGUUUUGGGGUAUUGAGGUAAAAAGUGGUCAGCCACAGAAGGUUAAUCCUGGUGGUCGCAGGGUCAUUCAUCUGUCACAGGCUUCCUUGGGGGAGGUCAAGGACAAAGGAAAUGGACAUGUUUGUCUGUAUCUGAAAGUUGAUGAUAAGAAACUGGUUCUUGGAACACUUUCUCCUCUAAAAUUGCCUCAGUUGAGUUUUGACCUGGUUCUUGAAAAAGAUUUUGAGCUGUCUCAUAAUUGGAAAAAUGGGAGUGUCUACUUUACUGGCUACAAAGUUAAAAUGGACCAAAGAACAGUUCCUGACAGUGAUGAUUCUGACUCUGAUGAAGAUGUAAAGGAGAUUUUGCUUAGAAACAAUGGAAGACCCGAGUUACAGGCCAAAUCUGUUUCUGAACAGCCUAAUUUCAUUAAGCCUAGUGCGUCCACUGCUAAGGAGAAUGUAAAUGAUGUUAAACCCGAUCAAAAGUUUGAUGAUAGUGAUACAGAUGAUAGUGAUUCAAAAGAUUCAUCCUCUGAUGAUGAGACCAGUGAUGAUGAGGAUACUAAUCAUAUCAAUGAUGAAAGUGACAAGAGGGGUCGUGAACAUGAUGAAAGUGAUGAAGAAGAUGAAGACAGUGAUGAGAGUGAGAGUGAGAGUGAUGACGAGGAUGAGACACCAAAGAAGGCUGAACCAAGCAGGAAGAGAACUGCAGAAUCUGUGACAAAAUCCCCUAUUCCUGACAAGAAGACUAAAUUCAUCACACCUCAAAGGACUGAAGGCAAGAAAGGGGUUGUUCACACUCCUACUCCUCACCCUUCAAAACUGGCUCGGAAAACUCCUGCUAACAGCAGCCAAUCAAAGCAGCAAACUCAAAAAUCAGGCGGGUCAUUCUCGUGCAAGUCCUGCAACAGGUCAUUUACCACAGAAGGCGGAUUGCAAGCUCAUACAAAGGCUAAGCACGGCGCUGCUGCAUGAAUGGUCUGUUAAGACUAGCUUUCUGCAUUGAUCUCGUUUUUGAGAUGAAUUAUUAUAGAGAAAGAAGAGUGAGAUAUGGGCUAGUGAAUUGAAUUCGGUAGUCAGUUUUGUGGGAUUUAUGUUUUUGUGGACACUUGGUUUCAGUAAAACUAGUCAGUACAUAUUUUGAAGGUCUUGGAGACCUAAAAAUUGUUGCACUGGUAGCUAAACCCUGAAUCUGAAUUAACGUACUCUUCUCGAAAUGCAUAAGCGAAGGCCAUGAAAUUUCUUAA